AUGGCCAUCAUAACAAGAAAGAACUUUACCUCCACGUUCCACAAUGACACGUACCCGGUCUUACAAGAGCGACUGAAAAAGGCAGAACUGACCAACAAGACCGUCUUCAUCACAGGGUCUGGGUCAGGCAUCGGAGCAGCGACCGCCCUGUCUUUCGCGAGGGCGGGAGUGAAAGCGGUCUUUCUCAGUGGUCGUACGCGCUCGACUCUGGAGGAGACACAGGAUCGAAUAUCAAGGGAGUGUCCCUCUGUCUUGGUCGGGAAAUUCGUCUUCGAUGUCAGCGAGGGCUUAGACAAAGCCCGCGAGGUCUUUGCAGAGGCAUGCAAGGUCGCUGGGUGUCCGCUGGACAUUCUCGUGAACAACGCAGGCUAUAUUGCAUCAAUGCCAACGACCCCGUUGCCGGGCGCCAAGUGGGAUUUUGACAGCUACUGGAGACAUUUCGAAGUCAACGUGAAGGGUCCCCUGGCUCUCGCCACGGCGUUCCUCGAACGCGCGUCGGAACACCCCACGGUCCUGAACAUCACGUCUGGUGCCGCCGUGAUUGAUUUCGUCGCCGGUCUGUCCGGGUACGGCGCAAGCAAGAUGGCGGCGUUCAAGAUGUUCAGCUACCUCUUCCACGAGCAGGCCUCGCGCGGUCUCAAGGUGUUUCAUGUCCACCCGGGGGUUGUCGCCACAGCGAUGGCGAAGGAGGGGAAUUCUAAAUGUGAUGACACUGCCGAACUGGCAGCAGACUUCCUCGUCUGGCUAAAUGCCCCUGAGGCUGCCUAUUUGCAGAAUCGACUACUAAUCUGUUGA